AUGCUGACAUGUUUAUGUUCUGUGACAGUUAUUCCAGUUCUCUUUCAGAAUUCAUUGCAUCAACCAAAGGAUCCUGCUGUGACAUUGGACCAUAUAUUUGGAGUCGAACCAACCAAGAUUACGAGCCCCUCAACAGAUUCCGAAAUUGCUCUAGCUCUUCGAGUUUUGGAAGGUUGCUGCCUUUUGUAUAGCAGAUGCACUGCUCUGGCCCACAAGUACAAGGCUGUGCAGGUACUGCUGAAUAUAUUAGCCAGCCGAGGUCCAACUGAGCAAGGGGUGUGCUUAGAUGCUCUGAUAUCGUUGAUGUUGGAUUCACCUUCGAAUCAGAUUGAUUUUGAGGAAUACAGUGGACUUGAAAAGGUUGCUGAGCUUUUGAAGGAUAUUCAAGUGGAAGAACACAUAAGGUUGAAAUGCGGGGAAUUUUUACUGUUGCUCAUCGGGCAUGUUUAUGUGAAGGAAAACACUCCCAUACAUGAGCAGAUGAGAAACUUACUCGGGGAGCAGUGUGCGUCACUCAUAUGGGCAGCGAGCCGGUUUGGAUCCACCCUCGAUGCAGAGCAGAGGCAGAUGGCCCUGCAAAUACAAGCGAGGAGAGUCGUUGAAUCCCUGGAGCCCUACUAG